UUCAGUGCUCAGUCAAGUCUUGAGGAGAAAAGACAACACAAUCAUGGAGAAAAUUGAAGAGAAAAAGCCCGUUUCGGCUGGGGAAGUUUGUUGGAAUUUAUUCAACAAUCUCAAUCAUAUUCUUGUUGGAUUUGUCUGCAUCUACAUCACCUAUGGAGCCUUCAAGACUGGCUACAGUAUUCUAACGCUACACACAAUCCUGUGUACUCUUGGGUAUCAACUGCUAAUGGCGGAGGGAAUUCUUGCAUUGGCUCCGGGGAAUGUGUGGUCAUACUUCUUCACCAGGAGGACUAAAACUAUCCUUCAUUGGAUUCUUCAAGCUAUUGGGGCACUCUUUGCUCUUGUUGGGAUGAUUGUUGAAUACAGAAAUCGUGGACGCCAUUUUGGAAGCCUUCACGCUAAACUUGGUCUAGCUUCCGGAGUUUUCCUCAUCGUAACCCUUGUUAAUGGUAUUACCAAUCUAUAUGCCAAGGAAAUGUCUCGCUUCAUCCGUCCAGUGUUCCAGAGAUUCUUCCACAACCUCAUGGCUCUUGCUACCUUCGUCCUCGGAAUGGCUUCGCUGUACUACGGCUAUGAGAAGCGCUGGGUUAGAAGUAUAGCAUCAGAUGAGAUUUGCUGGAUGCUGAAAAUCUUUGGAAUCUUCACGAUAAUCUUCUCCUCCGUGGCUGCUGUGCGGAAUGGCUAUGAACAACUUCGAAAUAUUGUCCACAGAGACUAACCCAAGAAGCAAUCAGAACGCCAAAGAAAAUGAUCAGUUUUAAAGGUUUUGAAAAAUGAAGUGUAUUAAUGCUGAUUAUGGCAGGAUAUUGAGCGAAAAGAAGCAAAAAAAUAAUUUGAAAUAAUUUACAAAAAAAAAGAUCUAU